CAGAUUUAGUGCAAAUAUAAUUAUUUUCAUUCGAGCAGUGGUUUCGACUAUAGGUAGUCAAACGAUUACACAUAGUUGACACCAAGAUGUUGAAGGCUGCGUGUAUAAUUUUAUUUAUUGGUCUCGCCACCUCCGAAACCUCAAUUAACUCCGUCAUCUCUCGUCUCCUCGACCAAGCCAAGAGUUCCAAGAGCCGAAGCCCCCUGAUCCUGGUUAUCAACAGCCAAGCGCUGGAAGAGUCUUCAUCCAGUGUAGAGGCCCCAGUGGAAACGCCGUUCAGACAAACUGCUGAAGAAAAUGGGAUCUCACUCAUGACUAUUUUGACACAGCUCUCAAAAGCUCGCCAAAACCCCACCGUGUACCGCUCCCGCCCCCGUUUCACGUCCGCCCGAAAACCUCAAAAACGACACCCAGUCUACAAAUCCCUCCUAAGCCUUCGGAACAGCCUCCGCUGUGGCGCCCGAGACGAAUGCAAAGACGAGUGCGAAGAGCUUCCUAAACCUAAAAAGAAGAAGUGUAACAAGAAAUGUGAGAAGAAAUACGACUGUGACGAAGAACCUAAAUGUGAAGAAUCUGAUGAGUGUAACGGGGAUGCCAGCACCAAAGGACCGCCCCCGGAUAGUGAAGAACCUACAAAAUGUCCCAGAUGUUAAUUCGGUUAUUUCUGAAUUUCAAAUUAAACGAUAUGACAUUCUGUAACUGCAAUCCGAACGCAAAUUCUGAGCGUAUUAUUUAAAGGU